GAUUGGCGUCGAAAAGAGAGAAGUCGAAUAAAGACAGAGCCCGGAAUAACUCCAUGUCAGGUACAAGAAGUGACCACAAGUUCUAAACAUGAACAGAACGGAAACACGAUACCCGUUGGAAUAGCAGUAGCGCGACAGAGGAUACAGCAGUCCACACCGCCUCCCUUAACUGUACUAACCUGUGAAGAGAGGUCUACCAAUCAGGUGACAGGAUGGUCUGGGGCACCGCAUUGGCAAUAUCCCGGGGUCGACCAGAGCCUUCCAGUACAGGUGCCCCCGCUGCAGCUUGGAAGGGACCCCAUCAGUGGGCAACUUCUGAUCCUUCCUUCAGGCAAUAUAGGGGACUCUAUGCAAAGAACGGUUCUCUGGCCAGGAGGAAGCACGACCGGUGGAAGUAGCCAGCCGCCGCCUCUUGUUAUGCCUAGUCCACAGCCUGUCCUUCUUUCAGACAGGUAUGUCACUCUUGCUCCACCUCCUUCAACUGCUCCAUCAUCUGGGCAUCAUCAUCAUCACCAUCAUCAUCAAGAAAAGAGGAGAUCCCACGAGCAUUCGACAACUACUAUUCAUGGUAGUAGUAGUGGAGGUUUGGCUGUAGGCCUUUUCCCUCCCCCUCCACCACCACAAGCUCCGUUUCUUAUGAUGCCCUUUUCUCAUCAAAAUAAUUCUUUAUUACUAUCAACUCACUUAACUGAGCACAAUCUGAACACUAUGGUGGUUACAAAUCACCAGUUAUCAGAAUCAGCAGUCCUGAAUCCGAUGGAGGUAUUAACGAGUCCUGUGGAUGGCUUUGGAGGAGGAAGCAUGAUCCAACAGCUGCCACCUAGUGUCGUGAUCUCUCAUACUGAGACCAACUCUUUCGUCAGGUCCGAUAUAAAUGCAGUUUAUCCACCCCAACAUCAAGAUCAAACGCAAACAACGCAACCACAACAGCCUUGUAUACAACAAGAACAGAUAGUUGUGAAAGAAGAAGUUGAACAAGGGGAUGAAACAGUUGAAGAAGAGGCUGUUGAAGAUGAAGUAAAGACAGAGGUUAUGGAUGCUUCUAACCAGACAGAAAGUCCUGUAGAAGACGAAGAAGAGAGUGAAGUAGAAGAAGAAGUGAUUGUCAAAGUAGAAGACAAAGGAUGCACUACUGUGGAAGAGGAGCAGCCCAUAGAACCUGACAUAUCAGGGCUGGAACUUCUCAGCAGUAUUGCUCAAUUCGAGAAGAGAAGUAGUUCUAAUGAAGAGUCAUUUGAGUCACCGUUACCAGAGGAUCCUCAGAAAUGUGAGGAAAAAAUGCCUGAAGAUGAAUGGAAUGAAGAUCCUAUUCAAGAUGGCUUAAAAAGUGGCCUUGGACUAUUGUGUUCAGUUGCUGAACGAUGUCUGGAAGAAGAAGUUGUCGAUGAAAGUUAUGAACCCAAGACGUUUUCUUCUGCAACAGAUCCUGUUGUUGAUGAUUACAGUGAAAAAAAGGAUGAAGAUGAAGAUCUAUCUGAUGUUGAAAAUCUUUCUAAUGAUUGUGAAAAUUCAUCUGAAAAGGAAUUAAGACUAAGCAUUGUUCCUGAGAAGAAAGGAGAAUGGUUUGCUUCAACAGAAAGGGGCCGAGAUAAAUUGAAAAUGAAAAUCACUCGGCGUCCAGGAAGGCCCAGAAAGAAAAUAAAAAUAAGAAAGCGAAAGUCUCCAAAUCGAUGUGAGCCUCCAGUUUUACAACCUUGGUCUGCAUCUCCUGACGGUGCAACCUCUCCUUUGACGUCUCCUCCCACAUUGACCCCUCAUAAGAGGAAAUUGUCUCAUGAUCUAAGUCAGGAAUCAGAUGAAGGAAGUAGCAGUAGCGGUGGUCAUCCACCACCACUCUCUCCUGCGUGCUCUAGUCCAAGUAGUUCGAAGAAGAGGAAAGUAGGAAGGCCGAAGAAGCGAGGCGAUGAAUCUCCACAAGAAACGGAAUUAAUGGUUACCAAGUCUCUGCCAUCUAGUAAGGCUAUUGAACGAAUUUUGGCAAACAAGUCUGGGAUUUCUAAUCAUACGCCGUCACCCUCACCACCACCUUCAUUGUCUAAUAUUGGGUCUCAGAACAAAAUUAAACCAAAGCUAAAAGCUGAAGCUAAGGUUAAAGAUUGGCACGAUGAUGAAGAGCUAGAUUUGAGUCCUGGCAAAGAAAAUGGUCUUGAUGAUCCUUUACCCUCCCGUUCUCCACUAUGGAAAUCGCCUACCAAACUAAAAGCGGUGUCUUUAUCUCCACCCAGAAAACCAAAGGUAAAGGUUGAUAAAAAAUUGAAGAUAGAAGAGGAUACAGCUGCUAGACCUGAUCCUGUCGCGGACAAGCCAUCUGACCCUAUUAUUGCUAAGCCUUCUCCUCCUCAAGUUGUUUCGCCUAAUGUACCAUUGAAACCACCGCAAAGGCCUGCUAUGAAGAUGGCUACCUCGACUCCUAUUGCGAAACUUCCAAAAACUAUUUCAAAGUCACCUCAACAUACUCCAUCGCCUCCUUCUCAGCCAUCUCCUAAGCGAGAAAGAUGUGUCACCCAAGUUCCAGGUUGUAAGCUUACUGAGGAGCAGCUAAAGUCACUUCCUUGUAGGAUACUUUCGAUUACAAAUGGUCAAUUUUAUCCCGGGGAAGUAACAAAAAUUAUUGCACCUGAUAUUUAUGAAGUACACAUUUACAAAGAGAGGUGUCGUAAACCUCAGAUCCUUUGUCGGGAUGAAAUUCUUAGCUCAUCGGUUGCUGAGGUACAUUGCCCAGAAGAUAUGUUCUUACCAUCGGGUACUCGGGUUUGUGCUUACUGGUCACAGCAAUAUUCAUGUUUCUACCCUGGUCGUGUUGUUUUCGAUUCCGCUUCAGGUCAGGUACCUAUAGACUUUGAUGAUGGUGACAAUGGCACCAUAGAAAGAACCAGUGUCCGUUUCUUACCUCAAGACUACCCUUUGGUUGAACCACAAAAUCCACUUGGUAAAAGAAAAAGGUACAAUUCGACUACCAGUUCUGACAGCCAUAAGAACAAUGAUACCAUCGAAACUUGUACAGAACCAGAAAAUAGUUCUACUUCCUCUGCAGAAACUGAAGAGAAAGUGGAAAUAAAACCAGAAUUAAUAGAAAAUAAUAAAGACAAGAUCAGUGAGGAGACAUCACAAGAUGAAGCAGAAAAAAACAGUGUAAUUGAUGGGGAUGGUGCUGAUGAAAUCAUGUCAGUUUUACAGAAUUUUUUCCAGAGUGAGAAGAAGGAGGCUCUGCAGAAAGAACGGAAAAACAGGCAUGGGGAAAAGAUUCACAAGCACCACAAACACCAUAAACACAGAGAAGGGUGCAAGACACACAAAUGUAAGCAUAAGCACCUCAGGAGUCGCAAACAUAAACAUUCUCGUGAUGAGUUGAAAAAGAAAGAGAAUGACUCUAGCUCUGAUAAACCAAUUGACAUUGCAACAUCCAGUUCUAACUGUGAUAAAGAGGAUAAAGAAAAGAAUAAAAGUGAGGAAAUUUCAAUUAAUGGUGGUGUCAAUUUGGCGACUGGUUCUAAAUCAAAAAUAGCUGCUUUUCUGCCUGAAAAGCACGAAAUGUGGUCGUGGGUGGGGACAGGCGUUAAGAGAGGUCGACCCUUAGGACCCAGGGGCAAGGGUCUCAGGAUCUGUUACAAAGCUAUACAGAGAGGGAAAGAAGUCAUAUCUGUUGGGGAUUGUGCUGUAUUUGUUUCAACUGGUCGCCCUGACAGGCCUUUCAUAGGACAUAUAGAAUCAUUUUGGCAAUACCAGAUGAAGAAGAACAUGACAGUGAGGGUUUCAUGGUUUUACCAUCCUGAAGAGACCAUAGGAUGUCCUGAUAAAUUACCAUAUCCUGGUGGUCUGUUUCAAUCUCCGCAUCUAGACAACAAUGAUGUACAGACAAUUUCUCACAGAUGUGAAGUGCUUCCCUUCACGAAAUUUCAUGAAAAAGCAGAAAAAAUUCCUGGCUUUGUGGAUUCAGUCUAUGAGAACCAUGAAACAUAUUAUUUAGCUGGACACUAUGAGCCUGCAGCUGCUAAGUUAGAUCUCGAACCUGAAGUUGAAGCUGAGUGUGUUGUAAAAGGACUUAUGAAGAAUCCUUGA